UCCUCAAAGAUGGCGGAAGGGGAGAACUCGCUUACCGAAUUUGAACAAAUUGACUUUGUAAAAGAUCGACAUAUACGAUUCUUUCAAAGAUGUCUCCAGGUGUUACCAGAGAGAUAUUCCUCAUUAGAAACAAGCAGGUUGACCAUUGUGUUCUUUGCCCUCUCUGGUCUUGAUGUUCUGGAUUCCCUUGACGUAAAAGACAAGCACAGCUUGAUUGAAUGGGUCUACUCACUACAAGUUCUUCCUACAGAGGACCAAUCCAAUUUAGGACGUUGUGGGUUUCGCGGGUCAUCACACAUCGGAGUUCCAUACAGCACCUCGAAGGGCCCAGGAGUAUCCCACCCGUAUGACAGUGGUGUGGCCAUGACGUACACUGGCCUGGCCUGCCUGGUCAUACUGGGCGACGACCUGAGUCGUGUCAAUAAGGAGGCCUGUCUGAUGGGCCUGAAAGCCCUGCAGCUAGAGGACGGAAGCUUCUAUGCCGUUCCAGAGGGAAGUGAAAAUGACAUGAGGUUUGUGUACUGCGCAGCAUGCAUUUGCUACAUGCUCGAUGACUGGUCGGGCAUGGACAUCAAGAAGGCCAUCGACUACAUCAGGAGAAGUACGUCAUAUGAUAACGGGAUUGGCCAGGGGGCUGGAUUGGAAUCGCAUGGUGGGUCCACGUUCUGUGCCGUCGCCGCCCUGUGUCUGAUGGGGAAAUUAGAGGAGAUGUUCAGCGAGCGUGAGCUGAACAGGAUACGCCGCUGGUGCAUCAUGAGACAGGAGAACGGCUUCCACGGCCGCCCCAACAAGCCCGUCGACACGUGCUACUCCUUCUGGGUGGGCGCCACACUCGAGCUCCUAGACGUAUUUCAGUACACUAAUUUUGAGAAGAACCGGAACUACAUCCUGUCCACUCAGGACCAUUUGGUGGGCGGCUUCGCUAAAUGGCCAGACAGUCAUCCAGACCCGCUGCACGCCUACUUUGGGAUCUGCGGCCUGUCUCUGAUAGGGGAGGCCAACCUGCGGCGAGUUCACCCCGCCCUGAACGUGAGCGAGAGGGCCUUUGAGUAUCUGCAGCAGCUGCACCGGACGUGGAGAGACGCCUGCACCUGACAGCAGCAUGCCUCCCACCACCACACCCCAGCCUCCAAGUACUGCCGCCAUAGCCCCUAAGCCAUGCGCAGCAUUUCCCUCUGUUACCUUAGCAAUAGAAACGAUAGUGGGUCUCACUGACAUGGGGGGAAAGGUGAUAAAAUAAAUUAUCGGGCCCAUCAAUAAAUGAGCGCAAACUGGCGGAGUUGACGCUCAGGCCGGGCGAGUGCUCAUUCUGCUUAGCGUCUCCGGAGCCAGAUUCAGCGUAAUCUGUUUUUUUUUUUGUUUGAUGGAAUGCUUUGUAGAUACUGUACUUAUUUCCCUUCCUCUGAGACACAUGCUCUUUAAAAGACUGAACUUCCUGCUGCUAAAAACACACUGUUCUCCGCUACAUUCUCAAAAGAUCUUUAAGACUUUUUGCCUUGUAUUGCGUGUUUUUUGGUCAAUGUUUUUUUGUCGCAAACCAACAUGGUCACUAUGAACUAUACAGAAACAAGUGAAAUUGAAUUAAUUUUUUCUAUACUUUAUAGAAAUAUUGAGUAGAUAUGAUAUAAAUGUCAAUGUCACCUCUCUCAUGCAAGUGCUCAAUCUGAUCACUGCUAUUUCAGUGAGAUAGGUGGAUUUGAUAUGCAAUGUUGAUAUGUGAAAUAAAUAAUGGCAUAUUCUCUGUAUCAUGUCAAAUCAACUAAACGUGUGCUAAAACUGGCUUGGAAGUGCAUAUUUAUGUGAAAUUAAUAAAAAUGGCGAACUUUU